AUGGCAAAAGUAGGAUUAGCCGACAGAGAGGUAUGUACGGCCAGAGCAAGCAGAGUCGGAUGCCCAAGGAAACCGGUGCUUGACCACAGCAUACCCUUGGUCAGUGAUUAUAAGUUUCUUACCGCAAUCGGAUUUGUGCGUGCUGUCCUCAUGCCAAGAGAGAGCGAACUCCUUGGAAUCACUGAUCCAAAUGUCACCAAGGAGAUCAAUACCGAUCCAUCAGGCAUCAUGCAGCUACCGGGUAGGUAUUGGCAGUUGCGAGUGUCCCCUGUAGAUGAAUCGGGAAAGUCAGCCCCGUGGCGCAUGUGA